AUGAAGCGGAUUAGAGAUGAUAUUUACGCCUCUGGGUCUCAAUUUAAACGUCCUUUGGGCUCUUCUCGAGGCGAAUCAUAUAUGCAACCUCCAAGUCCUGGAGGAGGGAGCACUGGUGACGGCGGAAUAAACUCUCAGAAGCUGACAACGAAUGAUGCUUUGACGUAUUUGAAGGAAGUAAAGGAGAUGUUUCAAGAUCAAAGGGACAAAUAUGAUACGUUCCUUGAGGUUAUGAAAGACUUUAAGGCGCAGAGGACCGAUACAUCUGGUGUGAUUGCACGAGUGAAGGAGUUGUUUAAGGGGCAUAACAAUUUGAUUUUCGGGUUUAACACCUUUUUGCCGAAGGGGUUUGAAAUAACGCUUGAUGAGGAAGAAGCUCCACCAAAGAAAACUGUUGAAUUUGAAGAAGCCAUAACUUUUGUAAAUAAAAUUAAGAAACGGUUCCAGCACGAUGAAGAUGUCUAUAAGUCUUUCUUGGACAUCUUAAAUAUGUAUCGGAAGGAUAAUAAGGACAUCACUGAGGUUUACAAUGAGGUAUCUACUCUUUUUGAGGACCACCUAGAUUUGCUUGAAGAGUUUACUAGAUUUUUGCCAGAGUCUUUGGCACCUCACUCAGCAGCCCAAUUAAUCCGGAGUCAGGCCCAAAGGUAUGAUGACCGAGGAUCAGGCCCUCCCCCUGUGCGUCGGAUGUUAAUAGAGAAGGAUCGCCGACGAGAAAGGGCUGUUGCUUCUCGUGGUGACCAUGAUCAUACUUUUGACCGUUCUGACUUUAAUGAUGAUAAAACAAUGGUCAAGAUGCACAGAGAGCAGAGGAAACGCGUCGAUAAGGAGAACAGAGAAAGAAGAAGCCGUGAUUUGGAAGAUGGAGAAGCAGAGCAAGAUAACUUGCACCAUUUUCCAGAGAAAAGGAAGUCAUCCAGAAGAAUUGAGGGGUUUGAAGCUUAUUCUGGUCCUGUUUCACAUCCUGAGAAAAACAAUCUAAAAAGCAUGUACAACCAAGCAUUUGUGUUUUGUGAGAAAGUGAAGGAGAGAUUAUGCAGCGAAGAGGAUUAUCAGACAUUCUUGAGGUGUCUCAGUAUUUUCAGCAGUGGAAUUAUCCAAAGGAAAGAUCUGCAGGAUUUGGUUUCUGGUUUGCUUGGAAAAUCCCCUGAUCUCAUUGAUGAGUUCAAUCAGUUCUUCGAGCGUUAUGGUUUUCAGCACAUUGCUGCCGUUAUGAGCAAAAAAUCACUUAGCAGCGAAGAACAAUUAUCUAGGUCAGUGAAAGGGGAGGAAAAGGAAAGAGAACACAAACGCGACCUCGAGGCUGCGAAGGAAAAGGAGCGAUCCAAGGACAAGUACAUGGGGAAAUCAAUUCAAGAGCUUGAUCUAUCUGAUUGCGAGCGUUGCACUCCUAGCUACCGGCUCCUCCCUCUGGAUUACCCAAUACCUUCUGUGCGCCACAGACAGAAAUCAGGAGCAGCUGUUUUAAAUGAUCACUGGGUUUCUGUCACUUCAGGAAGUGAAGACUACUCUUUCAAGCACAUGCGCAGAAACCAGUAUGAAGAAAGCUUGUUUAGAUGUGAAGAUGAUAGAUUUGAGUUGGAUAUGUUGUUGGAAUCUGUUGGAUCUGCUGCGAAAAGUGCGGAAGAGUUGUUGAAUAGUAUCAUUGAGAAGAAAAUGAGUUUUGAGGGCUCCUUCCGAAUUGAAGACCACUUCACAGCCCUAAAUUUAAGGUGCAUAGAGAGACUUUAUGGCGACCAUGGUCUUGACGUGACAGACAUAAUACGUAAGAAUCCAGCCGCUGCCCUUCCUGUAAUUUUGACUCGUUUAAAGCAGAAACAAGAAGAAUGGACAAAGUGCCGUGAAGAUUUCAAUGUGGUCUGGGCGGAUGUGUAUGCGAAAAACCAUUACAAAUCACUUGAUCACCGCAGCUUCUAUUUUAAGCAGCAAGAUUCCAAGAACUUGAGUGCUAAAGCGCUUGUGUCUGAAAUCAAGGACCUGAAAGUGAAGUCACAGAAAGAAGAUGAUGUUCUUCUGUCUAUCUCUGCUGGUUAUAGACAACCCAUAAUUCCUCACUUUGAGUAUGAAUAUUUGGACAGAACUAUUCAUGAAGAUCUAUUCAAACUAGUCCAAUUUUCAUGUGAGGAGAUCUGUUCUACAAAAGAGCAAAUCGGUAAAGUUCUGAGGCUCUGGAACAAUUUCCUGGAGCUGAUGCUUGGUGUUCCACCCAGGGCCAAGGGGUCAAAUUCUGUUGAAGAUGCUAUCGAAACCAAGCAUCUCAGUGCAUUCACCAGCGUGGAGGCUAAAGUGAGUUCUGAUGCGAUAAGUUUGGCUUCUAGGCAACUAAAAUUUGCUGCCGAUGGAGAUGAGUAUGCUUCAUCCGGGGUCUCCAAACAUGGCGGGACUGGUUUGUCGAAUAGGGAUUCUUCAGCGAAAGAAAAUCGUAAGGAUGAUGAUCCUGCUAAUAAAGAUGUCGCCACCAGUUCUGCUGUAAAACCCCAGAAAGAUCAAGAAAUUGGAAAUGGAGCCGAUAAAAGAUCUAGAGAUGUUGGUGAAAGAGUAGCCACUACAAGUGCAUCACUCCCAAGUGGGGCAGAAAACAAUAAUGGUUCACGAGGCAUUUUAUCCGAACCAAGUGAGGCAAUAAAUAAAAUUGAUGCCAUUCAGCGUACCCAGGAAGGUGAUAUCGGCAGAAGUAUAGCUAUAGCAAAUGGAGUGCAGCCAGAUGCUUCCAAAGCCAACAGUAAUUGUGAUGAAUCUGGCGGUCCAUCCAAAAUUGAGAAGGAGGAAGGUGAAUUGUCACCUGUUGGUGAUUCCGAAGACAACUUUGCUGUUUAUGAAGAAGAUUCUGGUUUGAAGUCUUCUGCCAAACCAGAACAUUCAGUUGAAGCUGAAGGAGAAAAUGAUGAUGAAGCUGACGAUGAGGAUGGUGAUGAUGCUUCAGAAGCUGCUGAGGACGCAUCCGGAACUGAAUCUAUUGGCGAUGAAUGUUCACAGGACGAUAAUGGUGUGGGGGAUGAGGGCGAGCAUGAUGAGAUUGAUGGUAAAGCUGAAAGUGAAGGAGAGGCAGAGGGAAUGGAGUCGCAUCUUAUAGAAGAAGACAAUGGUUUGCUUCCAUUGUCAGAACGUGUUCUACUGUCUGUUAAGCCUCUUUCAAAGCAUGUAGCUGAUGCGGCUUUGCUUGAUGAGAGAAAAACAGAUUCCAGAGUAUUCUACGGGAAUGAUGACUUUUAUGUUCUUUUCAGGCUUCAUCGAAUCCUGUACGAGCGAAUUUCGUCUGCAAAAACAUUUUGCACAGGCGGUGAAAUCAAUCGGAGAAACAUGAAAAAUUCACCAGAGCCUUACGCAAGGUUUAUGAGUGCUCUGUUUAGUCUGCUAAAUGGCACAGCUGAAAAUUCCAAGUUUGAGGAUGAGUGCCGAGCUAUUAUCGGAAACCAGUCAUAUGUUUUAUUCACCUUAGAAAAGCUGAUAUACAAAUUGGUUAAACAGCUUCAAGCUGUUGUAGCGGACGAUAUGGACAAUAAGCUCCUUCAGUUAUAUGAGUAUGAGAAAUCCCGGAAACCUGGGAGGGUCAUUGACUCGGUGUAUUAUGAAAACGCCAGGAUCCUCCUUCACGAGGAAAAUAUCUAUCGGUUGGAAUGUUCUUCCUCUCCACCUCGUAUGUCAAUCCAGCUUAUGGAUAAUAUACUCGAAAAGCCCGAGGCUUGUGCAGUUUCCAUGGAUCCCACGUUUGCAAGUUAUUUGCAAAAGGAGUUUCUUUCCAUCUCAUCAGGGAAAAAAGAGCGACGGGCCAUUGUAUUACAAAGGAACAUGCGUGGAUACUCUACUCUGGAUGAUCUUGCAGUAGCGUGCAAGGCAAUGGAAAGUGUAGAAGUAAUUAAUGGCCUUGAGUGCAAGAUGUCCUGCUCUUCCUACAAGAUCUCGUAUGUUUUGGACACGGAGGAUUUCUUCCAUAGGAAGAAGAAGAAGCAGAAGAAGAGCGAGAACUCGUCACAGGACAAAUCAUCGCAGCAACGUAAAUUGGAUAGAAUAGAAAGAUUCCAUAAGUUUCUCUCAGCUUCGAGAUGA